CGUACAACCCACCCAUUAGACAGCGAUCACAAAGCCUUCCCAUCACUUCCUUACACAGGACAAAGCCACUGUAUUUUUCUCUCCCCCACCUCAUUAAACAAUAAGAAUUGCUCUCUCUCUCUCUCUCUCUCUCUCUCUCAAAGCAUUUGCCUCUCUUUCACCCCAACUUUAUCUUAAACCCACUGUUUUCUCAUCUCCCAACCAACUUCCAAUAUCCCUCUCCUCUCUCUCUCUCUCUCUACAAUGGACUGCUUCUGCUUCUAUGGAAGCGUAGGGGCCGGAUUAUCGACAAAGAUAUGGAAUUUAACAGAGAAGCCUAUCGACUUGCAGAUAAGGGUUGGAUCCAUUUUGAAGAAGGCUCACACAGUGAAACCAGGCAAGUAUAAGAAGUUGGGGUGCAAAAGCAUUUACAGAACAACAAUGGCUACGGAAGAUGGGAGCCUUUACAUGUGCGAUGAGACUUGCAGGCCUUACGUUUGGGUUCAUGAGAGAGGAGAAUCCACGAGAAUGGUGAAGCAACAGUAUAUAAGCAUUGAGGAUCUCAGAGAUCACUCUGAUAUUAGGGUUUGCAGAGACCAUGUCAAAGGGAUUAUCACAGUGCAAAAGAAGCCCAGGUUGGAUUUCUGCUGAAUUUUCAUGUCGAUCCUUUUUCUUUUUUUUUUUUGCAAUUUUCCAUAUCAUUUUCUUUGUUUGGGUGGGGUGUUAUAGUAAAUGUAAGAAAGGAAAUGUAUCCUCUCUCUCUUGAUGUUUUCUUGCUCUCUUCUUUCCCUCUGUUUUUCUUUUUCAUCACCUCUCUCUCCUCUGUUGUUUUCUUGUUCAGUCUCUCUCUCUCCCCAUGUGUUUCUCUCUCUCUCUCUCUCUCUCUCUCACACACACACCUUCUUCAUUUGAUUGGGUUGAUUUGUGAAGUAGACAAAUUAAGCCUAUAGAGGUUUUUUGUUUUUUCUUUCUCUCUGUAAUGCUUUUGUUGCUUUUCCAUUUUGUUCUUUUCCUUUGCUUUUGGUUUCGUGGGUUGUUAUUGUUGUCCUAAAGCAAUAUGUAGGUUGGUUGGCUUGGUCAACAAGUCAAAUGAGAUAAGAUGAGUUUCUCUA